AUGGAUCCCUUCAAGAAAUUGGAGAGGGACAACGCCAAGGAAUGGGACGACGUGUCGGAAGUAGGGACCUUGCCACCAACAGCAGGCCUACCAAUUCCUUCGGCGGCACAUGGAAUCAAUUACGCUGGACUGCAGCCAUUGUCAAGGAAUACACCCGCUGUGGUCUCUGCUCCAAAGCUAAUCGGAGAGCAAGAGACGUCAGGAUCCGGCGCGCCUUCUGCAAUUGCAACUUACGGAAAGAGCCCCUCUCAAACCUUGACCCUCCUUGAAAAUGGCAAAUACCAAUAUUGUGCUCGACAACCUCAAAUCCCAUCCACUGCUGGUACACAGGGGCCAACAAGUGCUGCUCAGCAAGGAAGACCAGCUGCAGGCAAUUCUCAAAACAUUCGAGCUAUGCAAGACGCUCAAUACGGUGUUCGACAGCCGCAAGCCUUUGUUCCUCCCCGUCUGCAAUCUCGAGUAGGACCGCCUCUUGGGGGAAGAGCAGGCAAUGCUUAUCAACCCCUACGAGCCCCUAAUCAUCAGUCGAGAGGAACUCCUCGUCAUACAGGCCGACGAUCACCAACCAAGUUUCAGAGCUGGGCAGAGCCUCCCCCAUUGUUGACAAAUAGAAUGGCCGAUUUUUAUCAGGAGAAGACAGUAAAGCAACAAGAAGACGAGCAAUAUAUGCGACGACCGGACAAAGACGAAGAGUUCCCGGCAAUUGCAUACUAUAUUUGGCCAAGCAAUGAUGAGGCAGAGCGACCUCGAGAAAUACUCGGUCAAGGUCUGGAGGAGCUCAAUGCAGUCCGAAGAGACUACAAAGUAUUUGUACACUUGAAUAAAGACGACACUUGCAUUAAGAUCUGCUCCCGUGUUCCGGAAGAAGAAGAUCCAGAUAACCGGCUCCAAGUCGCCAUUCGCGCAAUUCGAGAAAUUAUUGCUCAUCGGCGUGCAAUCCAGUUGAUGGCACAACCGACGCACAUUGUCAUUCCGCCUACCGCUGAGGCCAUGACCACUAUUGUCAAGCCAGCAAUUGUUCUUUCAACCGGGAGACGGCACCAUGUCACUGCGCUUGAGCUAGCAGGGGAGAAGUUGUCGGAGGAAGAGAAGUUGAAGUGGAUGAGCGAGCGACCAGAACGUCUACAAGCAUGUCGCAAGACUUUCGAGGACGCUAUGACCAAGGGCUUGAGAGGACUUGCUCCAUACAAAGGCUGGAUGCAGAUGAGAUUGAGAUUUGGUCACGUAACCCUCCACAAUGCGAGGCCGAAUUUCAAGAACGGUAAAUCGCCAUGGGAAGAAUUCUUCAACAUGAUGAACAAUGUGCUUUUGACUAGCACACUCAAGCCUAACUUUGAUGAUGCCAUUAUCGUACAACUACUCUGCCAGAAGAUACUCAGCUGGCCCGAGAAAUUUGUUCCAGCAGACGGCAGAUACAAACUUAUGCAGGACGUUCCAUUCAAGGACACUGAGGUCAUCUUCUUUCGUACGACAGAUGGACCGUUUCGAUUGGAGGUAGAAAUAGACACACUGGCCGAGACAGGUGAAUAUCAAGUUGGAUCAAUUCGACUAUUCAGAGACAACAACAGAAACAAACGCAUACGAGUAACGAAUGUUGACGUUGAAAAGCAAAUUGAUUGGAGUAUUGAGAUUAUUACGGAUAAUGAGAUACCUAUAACCGAGAUCCCCGCUAAAUUGUUGGACAUGGCCAAGGGGUCCGUUACACCCAAAACACCUGCGCUUUGGGAUCAUACGGAUCUCCCAUAUCCCGCAGUCAAUCCACGCAAGAUCGCUGGUCUUAUCAUCGAUGAGAUCGUGGUGAAAACCGUCGCCGAAUACAUGGUGAAGGAUAGCGGAUACGUCGUCGAGUUGUCUGUCUACCGUAAAUUGGUAGAGAACAACGAUCCCGAGAUUACUGCUGGUGUGGCAAUGUAUAAUCGAAAUUGGGAUUAUAAUAUGCGAUCUCUCAAAGACACGACGCAAAUCAGAAGAUGGGAAAAUCCAUUGAAGCUGUUCUUUGGUCGUUACUCUAGUGAGGGAAUUGAAGCUGUUGAGGGUAACGUAGGAGUUGAGAGCGUUCUCGCCGAUGUUGAAAACAUUCGCGAUUUUCUGGUUGACGCUGUCAAUGAGAUUGAGGCUACGAAGAAGCAACAAGAACAAAUGCUGGCCGAGGAAGAUGCUGCUCAAGGACCAUGGGUUGAGGUUGACGAGAACGCCCCAGGCCAAACCGAAAUAGGCCCAGACGAGGAGAACUUCGAAAGCAUUGACACCAUGUCUUCGCUGGUCCAGUUUUCCGACGCAGGUCAAGACCCAACCCAAAAUGCAAGCGCAGGAGAGGACCUCUACGAGGACCUGUAUAGCGCCGAGUAAUGGUACGAAAUUCGACUUGAUUUCGAUCGUCGUGGCUGACAUUCUGAUAGGAUUGUUAUUUGUCCCCGUUUGUGAUGCAAACAUCUUCUGGUUGAACCUUCAUCCCAAGGAUUUCCAGCACGCAUGGUGCGAUUUGUC